GACUUUUUAAAAUUUUUUAAACGUUAGGAUCUUAGAAAUUUAAGACCGGAAAUAUUGGUCUUUUAGGUUUAAAUGUCAAAAAAUGUUUUAAGAAAAAAUCACAGGAUUUUAGAGAGAGAAAGUGAUUUUGCAAAAAAAAAAAAAAAAAAAAAAAAGUUGAAUGUGUAAGCUUUGGUGGGUUGCUUUAGAGUGAUUUACUUAACAUGAAAGCAUAGCUGGUAGAGAGAAAAAGGGAAAAGCUUUAAUAUUAAGUUUUCAUUUUUUUGAUGUGGGAAUAUUGUUGGGUUUCUUUUAUAGAAGCUUGAAUGUUAAGAUUAAGCAAUCAUAUUUUUGAUUUCUAAUCAUAAACCUAAUCCCAUGAUUAUAAUUUCUAUGACCCUUGUUUUUCUCUUUCCUUUUUGAUUAAUAUUUAUUUUCAGUUGAUUAAAACCAGUUUAAUUGUUAAAUACUAUAAUUAGCUUUUUUUUUGUUUUUGUUUUUGUGUUUCUUUUGGUUCUGUUUUUUGCAGGAUUUAAGGUGAAAAGGUAUUGUUUUUGCUUUUUUUGAGGUGUUGAGACAACCUAUUUUCAUGAUGGACAGUGGUUUUGCUGAGUAAUUAACUGAGUUUGUUGAUUUGGGAAAUCAGAGGAAAAAAUUAGACUUUGGGUGUUGAAUGGGGGCUAUUGUUGCUGAGGAGUUGAAGAAGUCGGAAGUAAUGGCGGGGCGAGAGGAGAAGAUCUUGGUUUUAGUGAGGUUGAGGCCAUUGAAUGAGAAGGAGAUUUCUAAGAAUGAAGUAGCUGAUUGGGAAUGUAUCAAUCAGAGUACUAUCUUGUACAGAAAUAGUCUUCAGGAACGGUCCGGACUUCCCACGGCUUAUUCUUUUGACAGGGUAUAUUCAGGCGACUGCUCCUCGAAGCAGGUGUAUGAGGAGGGAACAAAGGAAAUUGCUCUUUCUGUUGUUAGUGGGAUUAAUUCAAGCAUUUUUGCUUAUGGACAAACGAGCAGUGGAAAAACAUACACGAUGAAUGCAAUUACCGAGUUUACUGUGGCAGAUAUAUAUGACUAUAUACAAAGGCAUGAAGAACGAGCUUUUGCUCUUAAGUUCUCUGCCAUGGAGAUUUACAAUGAAAAUGUGAGAGACCUUCUCAGCUCAGACAAUACUCCUCUGAGGCUAAUGGAUGAUCCUGAGAAAGGAACUAUUGUCGAAAAGCUGACCGAGGAAAAAUUAAAUGAUUGGGGCCAUUUAAAGAAGCUUCUGGCAAUUUGUGAAGCUCAAAGGAAGAUAGGAGAGACCUCCUUGAAUGAACAAAGCUCAAGAUCACAUCAAAUUCUUAAACUGACAAUUGAGAGUUCUGCUCGUGAGUUCAUAGGCAAGGGAAACUCAAGUACCCUUUCAGCUAGUGUGUUUUUUAUUGAUCUGGCUGGAAGCGAGCGUGCAUCUCAGGCAAUGUCAGCUGGGACGCGGUUAAAGGAAGGAUGUCACAUAAACCGAAGUUUACUAACACUAGGAAAUGUUAUCCGCAAGCUUAGUAAUGGGAGACAAGGACACAUCAAUUAUAGGGACUCUAAAUUGACCCGCAUCCUGCAACCCUGCUUGGGAGGCAAUGCUAGAACUACCAUCAUCUGUACUCUUAGCCCUGCACGCAUCCAUGUGGAGCAGUCGAGGAACACCUUGUUGUUUGCUAGUUGUGCUAAAGAGGUGACUACCAAUGCACAGGUGAAUGUUGUCAUGUCCGACAAAGCCUUGGUCAAACACUUGCAGAAAGAAUUGGCCAGACUGGAAAAUGAGUUAAGAAGUCCGGCCCCCACUUCAUCUUCGUGUCAUUGUUCAGUGAUAAUCAGAAAGAAAGAUCUUCAACUUGAGAAGAUGGAGAAGGAGAUCAGGGAGCUAACUAAGCAACGAGAUCUUGCUCAAUCUCGGGUUGAGGAUUUAUUGCAAAUAAUUGGAAAUGAUCAAUCAUCUAAUAAACAGCAACGGCAUAAACACCAUCCAAAGUGGAAAUUACAGGACAAAUGGGAAGAUGAAGGUUCUAUAUCAGACUCGAGUGUGAAUGGUGUCCAAGAUGAAGAUGGUGAAAGUUAUAUUGAGGAUCCAUCUUCACGGGGUUUGAAGCAUGAAGAAGAAUGCACAUCGGACGACCAAUGUAGAGAAGUUCGUUGUAUUGAGAUGGAAGGAUCUGAAGCUAGUGGAAAUGGGCAUGUUGUAGAUCAUGGCAGUAUAGGCCGGAGCUCCCAUCAAAAUGGUUUCAUGUAUGAUUCACUAGAACAACGUAUCCAGGAAGUUCAAAGAUCGAUUGAUUCCCUUGUCAGUCCUCAACCUGAAAAUCCAUCCAUAUGGGAUGGUGCUGCUGAUGCAUCAAGUUCCAAGAGCCUAAAUUAUUUCAAUAAGACUCGAAAUCCAAAGGCAAACUUUACAAAUGGUGGAUCAUUUCCUACAAGUAAUGAAGAAGAGUAUUCAGAGAGAACCCCUCCUAGUGAAGUUGAGUCUGAGUUCACCGGGAGACCAGGAGGAUUGAGAAAGCUUGCUGUAAUAGAUUAUGGUGUAAACUCUGGAAAGUUAUCGCGUGAAGGCUCUCAGUCGUCUGUUGGGACAGAAAUUGUUGACGAUGUAAGAUCACAGAGUGGGAACAAUGUUGCAGAAGAGGAGAUUACUAGUGUGCAGACUUUUGUAGCUGGCCUCAAGGAUGCUAAGCUACAAUAUGAGAAACAGUUUGGAGACAGCCAGGUACCAUCUGAAAUGAGAAAGACCUUGAGAGAUGUGGGUUUGGAUCCUAUGCUUGAUGGAGAAGCCACUACAUUGGAUUGGAGACUGCAGUUCGAAAAGCUUCAAAAAGCUAUAAUUGAGCUUUGGCAAACUUGCAAUGUUUCAUUGGUUCACAGGACCUACUUCUUCCUUCUCUUUACUGGUGACCCUACAGAUUCCAUUUACCUGGAGGUAGAGCUAAGGAGACUCACUUUCCUCAAGGAUACAUUUUCUCAUGGUAAUCGUUCCGUAGAUGGUGGACAUGCUCAGAAAUUGGUUUCAAGUGAGAAGGCAAUACGAAAAGAGAAGGAGGCGUUGAGCAAGCUGAUUAACAAAAGGUUCUCAAGUAAGGAGAGGAAGAAACUGUACUCGAACUGGGGUAUCAAGUUGGAUUCAAAGCGUAGGCGGCUACAGCUUGUAUCUCAGUUAUGGGCUGAUACUGAGAAUAUGGAUCAUGUCAGUGAGAGUGCAGCCAUAAUUUCUAAACUAGUCAAGUUCUCGGAGCAAGGAAAGGCACUUAAAGGGAUGUUCGGACUUAGCUUCUCACCUCCAAGCUUAAGGAGGAGGUCAUAUGGUUGGAUGAACAGCAGGGCAUCAUCAUUUGUUAGCCUGUAAGACCUAUCUAUAUCGAUAUAGUUAAAAGUUAGCCAUAGAAAUGUUCCAUUUGACUACAGUAUUACCCAUUCUUUCCACUAAUGUAGGUGAAGAGAAAAGUAUCUCAAAUUUCAUGUAAAAAUUGGGGAUGUUCCUUAGCGUUAGGAAAUAUUUGUUUGUUGUGGUUUGUGGUGCUGGUGAAUGUAUUUAACUGAUUAAUGAAUGGGAAGUUUUCACUCCAUAAUUUGUAGUCCUUCA